AUGGGCGGCCCGCGGGCCUGGGCGCUGCUCUGCCUCGGGCUCCUGCUCCCAGGAGGGAGCGCCGCAUGGAGCGUCGGGGGAGCUCCGUUCUCUGCGCGCAGGAACUGGUGCUCCUACGUGGUGACCCGCACCGUCUCGUGCCACGUGCAGAAUGGCACCUACCUGCAGAGGGUGCUGCAGAAUUGCCCCUGGCCGAUGAGCUGCCCUGGGAACAGCUACAGGACGGUGGUGAGACCCACGUACAAGGUGAUGUACAAGAUGGUGACAGCCCGCGAGUGGAGGUGCUGCCCCGGGCACUCGGGGCCGAGCUGCGAGGAAGUUGCAGGCUCCCCUGGCUUCGUGGAGCCCGGGUGGUCGGGCAGCACCCCACGGCGGAUGGCACUUCGGCCCACAGGCUUCUCAGGUUGUCUCAACUGCAGCAAAAUGUUGGAGCUGACGGAGCGGCUGAAGGUGCUAGAGGCCAAGGUGGAGGUGCUGACUGUCACCGAGCGGGCAGUGCCCCCGACCCCAGCUGCCCCUGAGGACCCCGCCCCGCUCUGGGGUUCCCCAGCUGUCCAGGGCAGCCCCGGGGAUGGAGGCCUCCGAGGGCUGCCGGGAACCAGAGAAAACCAGAGGCCCCCUCUGCUCCCUCGAGAUGAUCGAGCGGGUGCCCGGGGGCUUCCUGGGCCUGCUGGCCCCAAGGGAGACCCUGGCAGCCGGGGCCCAAUGGGGAUGAGAGGCCCACCAGGUCUGCAGGGCCCCCCAGGGAGCCCUGGCCAGGCCGGAGCUGUGGGCAUCCCUGGAGAGAGGGGACCUCCGGGGCCCCCAGGCCCUCCUGGCCCUCCUGGGCCCCCAGCCCCUGUUGGCCCACCCUACGCCCGGAUCUCCCAGCAUGGGGACCCGUUUCUGUCCAACACCUUCACUGAGACGAGCAGCCACUGGCCCCAGGGACCGGCUGGGCCCCCAGGGCCCCCAGGCCCCAUGGGUCCUCCUGGACUUCCUGGUCCCAUGGGGAUUCCUGGGAGUCCUGGACAUAUGGGACCCCCAGGCCCCACUGGACCCAAAGGAAUCUCCGGCCACCCUGGAGAGAAGGGCGAGAGAGGACUGCGAGGGGAGCCCGGCCCCCAAGGCUCCAUGGGGCAGCGGGGAGAACCUGGCCCCAAAGGAGACCCUGGUGAGAAGAGCCACUGGGAAAACAGAUGCCUGAGCUCUCUCAGAACAGACCUCAAGCUCAGAACCACCUUUGGGAGGGACUCCCACCGCCAUGAGGGGGAGGGGUUGCACCAACUGCGCGAGGCUUUGAAGAUUUUAGCUGAGAGGGUUUUAAUCUUGGAAACAAUGAUUGGGCUCUAUGAACCAGAGGGGUCGGGGGCAAGCCUCGCCGGCACGGGCACCCCCAGCCUCCUGCGGGGCAAGAGAGGACAUGCGGCCAGCUACCGGAUCGUGGCCCCCAGGAGCCGAGACGAGAGAGACUGA